CCCAUCGAUCCUCCGAUUUCGUUGUCCUCUGCUCCGGCGUCGAUCGGCUUGUUACUACGAUAUCCUGUAUAAUAUAUCUGGGUUGUGUUGUUCUCAUUUUUGCACCUGAUUCAUCGCUACUCCUACCGGGUCUAUAUUCCCACAUCUAAAAAGUUUGCGCACUCGACGUGUUUUGUUUGCCAGCGUGACUCGAAUUUCUAUGCUCGUUUCUCGAUAAUGUACCACUACACCACUCCACCCCCCGGGUGGUCCUACGACUACACGACUUCACCUCCCACGUCUCCUCACUACGCCUACUACGCCUCCCCAUAUGCCAAUGCCUACGGCUCUCCGCGCGGGCCUUCGAAGCGUCACAACCGCAAAGCCAGCUACGCCGGCACCAAAGAAUCGGCCGGAUGGUAUGCCGGGUAUGGACAAGGGUUCUACGAAGCGAUGCCGGAAUAUGGCACGCCACCGCGCAAGCACGAUCCUGUAAGUGCUUCUUUUGGUGGCUAUCCUCGUCGUCGUAGUACCAUGUCCGGGGCCCCUGCGGCGGGCCCGUGGGAACACGCCGGGGUCCACCCGUCGCAGUCGUCGCAGCCGUCGCAGCCGUCGCACAAGCGGCCCAUCUUUGUGGACGUGGUCGACGAUGGAUCCGAUGUUGAUGCGCCGCGCUACGUCUUCCGCGAGGAACCCAGUCCUCCCCGUCGCAAACCGUCGACGUCCCAACGCAAGCCUAAGCCACCCACUGAUCAAUACUUCUACUAUAAUCAGAUGCCCGCCCAGGAAGAUGUCGAUGCGGCCAAACGAUCGCGGGCGCGCCGUCAAUCCACCUCCACCCGGACGCCUAACAAGCCCAAGCCGGCCGCCGCCCCCUCCAAGCCGCCACCCAAGGCCACAGAGGCCGAUGCUGCUCGCGAGGGCAUUCCCCCUGGUUACUCGAUCAAGAACUGGGAUCCGACGGAAAUGCCGAUCAUCCUCCUGGGCAGUGUUUUCGACGCGAAUUCGCUGGGCAAAUGGAUCUACGACUGGACCGUGUUCACCCAUGGCGCCUCGACGCCUAUGGCUGAUGUGGCGGGCGAUCUGUGGCUGCUGUUGAUCAAAUUGGCCGGGAAAGUGAAGAGAGCCUCCGAAUGUCUCAAGCACAUCAGGCGCCCCGAGGCGAAAGAGGUGGUGGGAGACUUCCUGCAGAGUGGCGAACGCCUGUGGGCGCGGUUCAAGAAGCUGCUCAAGACCUGCGAGCAAUUUAUGUGGAAGGCGGCCAAGCGCGAAGGCGGCAAGGGAUCCGUGUCGAUGGGCCGCAACGCUGGCUGUGAAUUUGUCGAGACGAUCUUUGGCCGGGAUCGCGAGCUGGAGAACACGGAGAAGCUGAUGAACAGCAUCCGUCUGUGGAACAUGCGGUUUGACGCCAACUGCGAAGAGAUCCUCCGUCGCCCUUCGGCUCAUUAGGUUCUCUCCUCAUAUACGACUACCAAAAGUAAUAUUUGUUUAAUCUUUCUUGGUUUUUGACAUUUAUAUGGGAGCCCUUUGACAGCACAGUUCGCACUACACCAGGAUUAUAGGGCGCGUGAGC